AUGUCUACCGUUACCGAGGAGCCGCCGAGCACUGAGAUCGUCACUCUCACCAGUCAUGUCCUCGCUGGCCAAUUCAAGGCUGGCGCGCGCGCAACGGGCGAUCUGACUCUUUUGCUCACUGCGAUCCAACUGACGAGCAAGUUCAUCGCAACGAAUGUGCGCAAGGCGCGCUUGAUCAAUCUCAUCGGCUUGGCUGGCGACACGAACGUACAGGGCGAGGAGCAGAAGAAGCUCGAUAUCCUUUCCAAUGAUAUUAUGAUCAACUCAUUACGCCAGUCCGGCAAGACAUCCGUCCUGGUUAGCGAAGAGCUCGAGGACGCGGUGAUCAUCGAGGAUCGGUACAAGGGCAAAUAUUGCGUUGUAUUCGACCCGCUUGACGGCUCGUCCAACAUCGAUGCUGGUGUGAACAUCGGCACGAUCUUUGGCAUCUACGAGAUUGCGCCCGGGUCAAAGGGUACAAUCGAGGAUGUGCUUCGCCCAGGAAGUCAGAUGGUAGCAGCUGGAUACACUAUGUAUGGUUCCUCUGCAAACUUGGUGCUGACGACUGGCAACGGCGUCGAUGGUUUCACACUCGAUGCAUCUCUGGGCGAGUUCGUGCUCACCCAUCCGGACAUCAAGAUCCCGCCACGAGGCAAGAUCUACUCAUUCAACGAGGGCAACAGCAUGUACUUCACGGAGCCAGUUGUCAAGUAUCUGGAGAGUAUCAAAUAUCCGAAGAGCGGAAAGCCCUACUCUGCGCGUUACAUUGGGUCUAUGGUUGCCGACGUUCACCGCACGUUUUUAUACGGUGGUAUCUUCGGAUACCCAGCGGAUAAGAAGAGCAAGAGCGGCAAGCUGCGGUUAUUGUACGAGGCUUUCCCCAUGGCUAUGUUGUGCGAACAGGCCGGCGGUGUCGCUACGACUGGUACGAUGCGCAUCCUCGAUAUCCAACCGAAGCACAUCCACGAGCGUUGCGGCGUGUUCCUUGGCAGCAAAGACGACGUGGAGGAUGUGAUCAAAUACUUCAAGGAGUACCCAGAAUCUGCGUAA